CAAAGCGUCUGUCAGGCAGAAGGGAUGCAGGAGGAGCGAAGGGUCUCUGCAAAAACUUCCAAACCUUGCACUUUUAUCCAUGCUGUAACUUUGGGAAAUAGUUUACUUAAAUCGUGUGUUGUUUGGGAUUUUUGAUGCCAGUUAGUGUGGCGUUUUGAAGCCGUUUAAUUUAGUUUUUAGCCACUUUUCAGUCACUGACCUUCGUGCUAACUCAGCGAGCUAAGUCGGUAAACUAACCUAAACAAACACCGGUGUAGUUAGCGAUAAUAUGUAACAAUUAUAACGUUAGAGAUGUUAAAUUUAGCUAGCACGUAGUUUAGGUUUUAUAUUUUUAUUUUGUGGUGGAGUACCGAGCGUGAGAAAUCGCUUGCUGGAGGUUUGACUGUCAGCGGGACUGCGAUCACACACGAAGCCGAGGAUGAUGUCUCGAAGGCGGAUAGAUUGUCGGAGUGGACCCGCUACCACCACGGGGCUCCUCAGUGACAUCCACACUCCUAUCUCCUCUGAUUCUUUCGAAAGUGUCUAUGAAAUCACCGGAGAACUGGGGAGGGGUAAGUUUGCGGUGGUGAGGCGCUGUGUGGAGAAAGCCUCAGGUAAAGUGUUUGCUGCUAAGUUCCUGAAGAAGAGGAGACGAGGGCGUGACUGCAGAGCAGAGGUAGUCCAUGAGAUGGCUGUCCUGGAGAUGACCCGAAACAACGCCCGAGUGGUGAACCUGCACGCCGCCUACGAGACCGACCACGACAUCGUCCUGGUGCUAGAAUAUGCUGCCGGAGGAGAGAUCUUCGACCACUGUAUUUCUGAUGAGCUACUCCCCGAGGCUCAGAUCACUCGUCUCAUCAGACAGACACUGGAGGGAGUGCACUACCUCCACCAGAGCAGCCUUGUGCAUCUGGACCUCAAGCCUCAGAACAUCCUCCUGACCAGUCUGACUCCAGUGGGCGACAUUAAAAUCGUGGACUUUGGUUUGGCUCGACGGCUUGGAGCGGUCGGAGAGCUCAGGGAGAUCCUGGGCACACCUGAAUAUGUGGCUCCUGAGAUCUUGAACUAUGAGCCCAUCACAACAGCCACAGACCUAUGGAGCGUGGGGGUGAUCGCGUACAUGCUAGUGACCGGAGAGAGUCCUUUUGUGGGGGACGAUAAACAGGAGACCUAUUUAAACGUGUCUCAGGUCAAUGUGGACUAUAGCCGCGAAGCCUUCUCUAGAGUCUCUGAGCUCGCUGUGGACUUCAUCAGAAAACUGCUUGUCAAAGCCCCAGAAGAUCGUCCCAGCGCCGCAGAGUGCAUGAGCCACCCCUGGUUAUGGCAGCAGUCCCUCUCGUUGACCUCUGACCCCUCCUGUGCCCUCCGCCCUGUCCGUGAGCGCAGCUGUGGCACCAAAUGGACCAUCCCACCCGAGGACACAGAAGACAAGGAGAACAUGAUCGACUCGCCUCACUCUCACGCCAAAAAGUUCAGGUUGGAAGAAGACGGGGACUUUUGAGAUAUGGAGAAAUCUUUUUUUUUUUAAUAUAUAUAUAUAUUAAGCUUUUAAAUUGUUUUAUUAUUAUUAUUGUUAAGACUGUGCAAAACCAGAGGCUCGAUGCUCACUGCCCGCAUUCAAUAUAAUCUGCUAUAAGCUCUGCAUUUCAGCCAAAGAUAACAUGUGAGAUGCAUUACUGAUUCAGUGAUAGUCAAGUGUUUUGUUUUCUGUCAAAAUCCAUUAUAACAGCUUCAGUCUCAAAAAGAAGUAUAUGCUACACUGAAGAAAUAGGUUAUGUCUUCAUCAUCUGUCCAUGGGUUUUAGAAGUAUCAAAAAUGAUUAAAAUCUUAAACUAUAUCUUUCGAAUGGUGAAAAUUCCUCAAAACGUCACUUGUAAAUUAUCAAAUAUAAUCAGAAGUUGGAGAGAAGCACAGGUCUUAGUGUGUGUACAAAAUAUCUAAAAUGCUCUGGACCCAGUUUUGUAGUACAUAGUCUUAAGUACUGUGAUAGCUUUCCAAAUUUUAGCCAUUUUUCUUGAAUAUUUCUUAGAUAGCACAUUAAAUUAAAAUAGCGUUGAAGAUUUUGUCAGAAUUCCAAUAUGAACUAGAGAAAGAUCCACUUCCAGAUUUGUGUCUUUAGCAUAGCAACCAAUUAGCAUAGCAGCCAAUUAGCAUAGCAGCUUAGCCUUACAUUGUUUAGCCAUUAUUCUGAGCUGUCUUGUUCCUCUCCGCUAAAAAUGUAUUGGUAAAAUUAUGUCUAAUAGACUCAAAAAUACAAAACACUUGACUAUCCUCACCUCUUGAUUAAAUGGUGUAAAUAAUUCCAGGUUAGACCAGCGUGUGUAAUCUAAGUAUUUAAUGAUAGCUGUUUAAUUGUCUGUUAUUCUUAAAAAGGGGGAUUUUUAAACCCACUCCUGGAUGAGUGUUAGUUGUCCCUGUUCAAAUGAAGGCUAGUAUUUUGAAUAUUUGUUGUAUUUUUCUAUGCAAUAAGUCAAGUUUUAAAUGUCUUUUAAAUUAAACAAUAUCAUAGCAAUAGCAAUGAUAGUAUAAUACCAGCAUUUAUUAUUUUUACUAUUAAAGGGCCAGGCAGCGUUAAAUAUAGCACAAAAUGAAUGACUGCAUACAUAGUUUUAUAUAAAAUGUGGUUAAAUAUAUUCCUGUUGCGUGUUCCAACAUUCCUAUUGCACUUCCAACGAAAACUUUCAUUUACAGAUUUUCUUUCAACAUUCCUACAGUUUAUUUUGCUUUUUCAAAACAUAUUGGAUUGCCCUUCUGUUUUAAUAGUACGCUUUUUUUCCUUUGUAUUGAGUGUCCUUCUGAAGAACCAUUGGUAGGUAUUACUGCACGUUCCUCAAGAUAGAUUUCCCCUUCACAAUAAAAGUAUUGGGUAUGUUUUUAAAUUUACUACUAUUUAAUAUGAUACAUUCCUCAUAUCCUCCCCUUCACAAUAAAAGUCUCAAGUGUGAUGCAUUGAAAAACCUUGAUCAUUAGUACAUAACUUGAACCUAUAUGUAAUAUAGUUUUUUCUUACAUAUGUCUUAUCAGUUUUCCCUUUUUAAGGAAAUAUGUGAAAAAUAAACAAUUAUUACUACUUGAAAGCACAAAGCAUUCCUAACGGAUACAACAGAAACCUGCAAAAUCUAAUAUUUUAACUUUUUAAUUCUAAAGAGAAACCUGAGCCAUUUUAUGUCACCAAUUUUCUCCCCACUGGUAGAAAAUUAUCACUUUAAAGGAGCACAGUGUAACUGGUGGAGGGUCAACCAAAAAAAAUGUUAUUCCACAGUGUGGCAUUUGACUUAUCCAUCUCCAUGGAGACAAGCAGGUGACACAACCAAUUAAUAGUCGGAUCUGUGGAGAAGUGAGCUCGCUCAGAGCAGGAGUGCAUGUUUUUCAAGAUAUUUCUGAGCAGUAAAAUGCCUGUAAUUAAAUAAAUGGGAGUUAGAUUUGUUAAAUGUCAUACUGUGGACCAUUCCAUGCACAUCAACCAAUAUCUCCCUGGAGACAAGCCAUCUCUUCAAAAAAGUUACAUAGUGCACCUGUAAAUGAGAAAAUUAUACUUAUUUGACUACUCAAAAUAAGAUUAACAUUCAGAAGAAGUAAUUUAAAGAGAUGCUUCAUUUUUGCUGUGCUGUUUCUAUUCACGAAUCUUUGCGUCAUCAUUAUUAGCCAACCGUAAGUUAAAGGACAUUUUGUUCACAUGCUGCCCGUGCACUUAGUCAGAUAAUUUCAUCAUAAAUAUCAGUUCCUAUUUCUUUAUUUACAAAAAUUGGCACUUAGCUUAAACUGAUAAGGCAACACGAAUUUCACUUCCUGAAUUGUAAUCUUACAUUUAGUUUUUCUCUGGUGCCUGAAGUUAUAUAUCUAUCUCAAUACUCAGGACAGUAUGUUAACUUUAUUUUGAAAAAUUUAAAGGCCUACUAUACUUAUUUAUGUGCUGGACUUUUAUUUUGGUGUAAAUAUAUUGUGGUCUUAAAACUAAAGGAAGAGGGGAAACAAGUUGGUGGAAAUUGCUAGAAAUUAGGUGAUGUUUUAAAAUGAGAGUAUUGGUUGGUUAGUGGUUGCUAUAGUGACAUAAAGGUGAAGUGAAUUGAUCAUUUUGAAAGUUGAAGGAUUGUGAAAGUAGGGUUUGUAACUCAGGGUUCCCACAUUUAAAACAAGCGUGUUACAAUUUAUAUAUUUUAAAUUUCUAGUUUUUAACAGUCCCUGCCCUCUAGCUUUCAGAAAUGUUAUAAUUUAUAGGAUAGGUUUAAAAUGUUAAAUUUCUUUGCUUGUUUGACCCUAUAUUUCGAUAUCCUAAUUAUUUACUGCAAUGAGUUUAUACGUGCUUUUUACAACUCUCAGACCAGAGCAGAUUUUUGCCGUCAUCUUCAGCUGGCAUUCUAACAGUGCAUGUCCUGAUUAUCGAAACAAACAAAUGAAAACGCUUUAUAAUCGGCGACAGACCUCACACUUAUUUUGACCUGAAGAGCUGCUGCUCUGUAUUGGGGCAAGACAUGUUUUGCUCAAAUGCAUGGGAUAAAAAUCAGGUACAUGGCCUUUAUUAGGUCAAAUUGUAUAGAAAAUAACCUUUUAUAUUUUCCUAGAAAGAGAUUUAUUGAAAACUGUGGGAACCCUGAUCGUGAAUGGACAAGAAUGUGGAUCGAAACGUGAUAUGAGUGUUCGUGUUUUGUUGCGAGGAAAGAGGAAUUUCACGAAGGCGUUGUCAGAAAGCUGAGAUAUGUAAGAAAAGAAGGUUUAGGACGAAGAGCUUGAAUUGAACGGACAUUUUUUAUUGUGCGGAUUUGAGAAGUAUUAAGAAUGAUCCACUGUACAGACUGUGCAGCAUGAGGAGCUAUUGAUGUGGGAUUAACCAGCUUUUGUUAAAUUGUAAUGGAUUUCUACUUCAUAACAAUCAACCAAAACAUUAUAACGUUACAAAGAGUAAUUUGUCCUCAUAUUUGUAUGUGUUCUGAUCGUGAAAAAUGGGAGAGUUUUUGAGCAAGUUUGAUCAAAUGUGAUGGCUACACAACUGGGUCAGAGCACCUCCAAUACUGCAGCUCUAUCGGGCAUGUUUCCAGUCUGUAGAAGUGCUGUAGACCUUGGUUUAGUCCAGUGUAGGAACUGCUUUAGUCCUAGAUCUUGUGGUAGACCUGGGUUAGACCUGGUGAAGUCCUAGUUUAGACCUGGUUUAGUACCAAUCUCUUGUUUUUUUUUCUGUCUGCACUGUCAAUCUAAAAUGCUUUAGACCUGGUUUAGUCUUGGUGUAGUCCUAGUGUUUCCAGUCUCCAGUGGUCAGUAUCUGUCAGUGCGGUCAGUGUUUAGUUCUGGUUUAGUCCCAUAAUAGACCUAGUUCAGACUUGAAUUAGACCAUUUUUAGAGGUUUAGAGCUGGUUUAGUCCUGUUUUUUAUUGCAGCCCUUGCCAGGUCUUCCCAUCUGCUGUGGUUCAUAUCUUAAAGUGCUUUAGGUUUAGACCUAGUUUAGACCUGGUUUAGACCUGGUUUAGACCUGGUUUAGCUUAGUUUAGGGCAGUUUUUGUGAGUUUUUCUGUGUCUACAAUGGUCAGUAAUGUCAAAAGUUCCCCAAGGAAGGAACAAUAGAUCUUUAGAACAGGUGUAGUGAAGAGUGUACCUCAAAUUGCUGAAACGUACUCUAUAAUCUAAUAGAGAGCUAUGUUAAUCAGUUGCAUUUGAAGUUUCAUUAUAAAUCAGUUAGUCAUAAUGUUUUGGUUGAUUAGUUUAAGAUUGCAGGCAGCUCUGGGCCCAUUCCCUCUCAUGUUAUGAGGUGCCAAACAUAAAGUCUAUUGUAUCCACGUUGUAUUGUUGUGGUUGGGACAAUAGCUGUUCUUUCUUUGUGGAGAGGGGCGUCCACAGCCACUGAUCUCAUCUCCAUUGAAUGCUGUCAUCGAAAAACUGUACAAAAUCAAAAAUAAGGCUGCUUAGAAAGAACUCGGUGCUUGAAAGUAAAGUUUGUAUAUUUAUGCUGCGUUCAUGUGGUCUUUGAAAAAUUAUAUAAUUAAAUAUAAAAAUGCAUUAUGUUGUGGUGUGAUAUGACAGUAGUUUCUAAGGAACUACUUGGACAAUUUAGGAUUACAACAAUUUGUCUUAGCUUCCUCUUUGAGGUUAGGUAGGUUACCAUAGUAAUUACCAAACUGUACCAAUUUUGCUAAACAGUUUUUGUACAAUCUGGACAGUGUUCUUUUAGAAUAGACACCGGAUAACCACUGACUUUUGAUUUCAUCGAAAUAAGUAUUGGUUCGUAUUAGUAUACGGUUGUGCAAUUAGUCAGAUUUUAAGAUUGACUCAUUUUUAUUAGGAAAUACUGAGCUUGGAUCUUUUUAAUGGAGAGGUUCACAGCCAGUCAGUAAAAGCAUGUGGUUUGGAGCAGAGUUCAGACUGUGGAGGAAUAAAUAGUGUUUUUGUGUUAAAUGAUUAAAUUAACAUUGAAGACAAAAAAAGCUAUUCAUUUUUUCUAUUUUCCAGCCUUUCUAGCAUUCAGUUAAAUCGAAUUGAACUAUUAUAGACAGCAACACCACCAUAACGUCAUUAAUAAUUUGUAUAUAGCACAGUUAGUUGUCUGGCAACUCGAUCAAACCCUUUGCAGACCACACGAAAGCAGCAUAUUGGUAUUUAAUGAAGCAGGGCCAGUACUACUUCCUGUUUGGUCCACCACUGUAAAAGGAAGUCACUUGAAACAGUCGCUCAUCUCAAUACUUUAAUUUAAACGAUAUAAUAAAGAUUUCAUUGUAGACCUCUUUAAGUUUGUAUAUAAGGAUUGUGUGUGUCAACUAUAGCUCCUGUUCAUGAACUAAAAGCUGGUGAUUUCAUACAGCAUUGUGCAAAUGGCUUCAGCAGGUUUGAAAUUAAUUUACCACGCUGAUCGCAGGAUGAUUUCAAGAUAUGACGCUAAAAUUUUUACACUGUUUUUGAUGCAUUAAAUAUUUUGAUCUAGUGUGUCUAUUUUGAUCUGGAGUGUAGCGGUUCAAAUCCUACUCUCGACAUAAAAACAUCGGUAGAGUGAUCAGAUCCACAGACCUACAGGAUUAUGAUUAUCUUGAAGGCCUAUUUUAUACAACACAAUAUACAUUUCCUUUUGCGUUUCCUACCUGUUAAAGCCUUUUGCACCGUGCUGUAUGUUUAAAACGCACGUCUAAUUGAGUUGUACUGUAUUGAAUGGUCACAUAUAUUGCUGGUAUAAGUCUCCAUUGUGUCUGUGUCACUUGACCAUGACUUAUGCUGCGGGCUGGUUUGUUUUCAUUCUGUUAUUUUCAGCGUUCGUGUGAGAGUCCAUUGUUUUGAAUAGGUGGGGCUGAGUCGGGGAGCCCCUACAGUAGUUUAGUCAUACUAUAAAUAUAAACAGAGGAAAGUGGAGCUAUUUUUGUUUGUUUUGGAGGCCACUUCAGAUCUUGCAUUGAAAUCUGUAAACCUAUAAGAGCAUAACAUGGCAGCUUGGGAAUUGGAAUUUGAUGCAUUGAAAAUGAAUGGGAGUCCAAUUUGAAAUGAAAAUUGUAGAUUUCUUUUUACGGUGAAUGGUUAAGUCAAGCAUUCAAUAAAAAAGUAGUUAUAUUGUUAAAAAAAGACUUAGUACAUACUGUAUUUCUAAAACCUAAAUCAAGAUCAAACCAGGAUUAUAGCCAGACUAAACCUUGAGUAUAUCAUUACAAUACUAACCCAGAAUCAAACCAGGACUGUACUAAGCCUAAAAUUGUUCCAAACCUAGACUAAACCUCCAGUAAUAUAUGUUUAUUAAACUAAGCAAGAACCAAAUCAGGUCUAAACCAGGACUAAAGCAAGACUAAAGCAGGACUACAGGAUGAGGAGUCUAACCCAGAACUAAACCAGGAUUAUACAGACUGAAUCAAAUCUGGACUAUAACAAUAUUAAUAUAUCCUAAACUAGAACUAAGCAAGGACUAAACUAGGUCUUAACCAGUGAAACAGGAGCAAAACCAGGACUAAACAGGGGCUUAACCAGGACUAAAGUGAAAUAAUAUCAGGAGUAGAACAUAAAUGCUGACCGGGGAAUACAUAUUUAGUAUGUAGUAUACAAGAUCUUUUUUUUUUUUUUCAAAAUCUUGAGUUCAGAUUUUGAUGCAAGGUCUGAUGGGAGCUUUAGAGACUGAAAGAUCUAAUAAAAGUCAAAACCAGCCACAAGCACAAAUGUAUUGUUCACGAAAUGUUUGUUUAUUUUGCAUUUUAUUUUAUAUCUAUUUUUAUUAUUGUUUGAUUGUUAUUGAGCGAUGAUGAUUUGAAAAGACUAAAAAAAUAAUCUGUGUUGUACUCUGAUCUGCUGCAGGCUAAUUCCUAGAGGCAUUACGACGCAAAACUGGAAAAUACAUUAAAGAUUGUAGAAAAUGUA